UGCAGAACCAGUGAAGUACCUACUAUGAAGCUGUUGAAUCCCACGUGUCCACCUUGGUACACGCCACAAGCCAUCUCAGUGAAUGAUGCUGGAAUCCUGGCCUUUGCCGGAAGAGACGCCAUCUUUUUCUACGCCUGGAAAGACCUAAUUUUAAAUUUUGUCGCCGUGCAAAGACAAGCGCAUGGGACAGAAAACGUUUUGGCGGUGGUCGCCGCAAAGGGCGUCUCAUCGGGAAACAAGUUCUGCUCAUUGGGAAGUGAUGGAUCAAUCAAGGCCUGGCUCUUGUCGGAUCACCUCGUGAAUUCCGGCGAAGAAGUUUCGCAAAAUCAGUCGAAUGAUUUUGAAGAACUCGAUAAAUCAUCCGACGCACUUCCCUCGUCAAAAAAGAAGAAUACUUGGAGUGUGACGCAGGUUGCAUCGCAUCUUUUGCACGCGAAAAGCAAGAAAGCGGAAGUUUUGUCGCUGGAUUUCACCUCCGAUUCCAAAUGGAUCGUGAGCGUCGAUUCAUUGGGAACAGUCGUUAGUUUCCGCGUGGUGGACAACCAUUUCGUCGAGUUCCCGAAACUGGUUCCUAGGCCAGCUCUGGUGUCCUGCAGUCCCAUGGACACUUCUUUGGUUGCCUUUGGAUGCAAGGCUGGACUGGUGAUGUUGGUUCGACUUCGUGGUGCUGGAGAAAUUGUUCAUCGAUUGCGUCGUCACGAUUCGGAUGUCACGGGACUCUUGUGGCAUCCUGAUGGAAAGUAUCUUGUAUCCAGUGCCAGAGAGUCCGUUGUUUAUGUUUGGAAUUCUGAAACGGGAGAAAGCGUUGGAUCAGUUUGCGGAGAAGUUGACAAGAAAUCUGCAGAAACAUCUUCCGGUUCCACAAUCAAGCGCCCUUGGCUUCAAACCGCGUGGAUCGCGCCUGAGAGAUUAGUCGUUUCCGGUCUCGGGAACAGAAUCCGAAGCUUCCGGUGGUUGAAUAACCCAUCGGAGGAAGGGAACCAGCAGAGCCUGACUGAAGACAAAUCGUUGGGGGAAGCCCACGCGGGCAACAUCCAGUCCCUGGCGGCCUCAGUACUCGCUCCAUUACUUGUUUCCGUCGGCCAGGACAGGAUGAUGUGUGCCUGGUCCGGGGACGACCUUUCUGCGCCGAAAUGGAGACAAACUACCGUGGCUGGGUUUGUGAACUGCGUGGCUUUGGCCCCGGAUGGAAGAACGGUGGCAGUUGGAUGCGGAGACGCCGGGAUCCGCGUGUAUACCGUACCUUUCGCUGGACAACGAGUGAUCAAUUUGAGUAACAAAGUUGCUGGACGGGUUACAGCAUUGGAUUGGUUCCCACGGGCUCUUCGCAUUGAUCAAGGAACCAAAGCAGACGAGGAACCCUGGCUCGCUUACGGAACCGAGGAAGGAAGAAUCGGCAUCUUCAAAUCGUUUCAUCACAGUGGUAAGAAGCAGCCGACGCCACAAGUGUCGCCGUUUUAUCACAAGAAAACAGUGUACUCUGUCAAGUGGACCCCGGCAUUGUGGUCGUCCAGGAAGCAGCAAUCGAUCGUUAUCGACGAUCGUGGAAAGAAUACAGGAGUGGAACUGGAAGCCGCGUUUUCUUUGCUCUCCUGCGGGGAUGGAGUUGUGCACGUUCAUGCCCCGGACUUGAAAACCGUCGGGGUUGACUUUGACAAAGCCUUUGGAGACAAUGCUGAGGGUUCCGACACCGCAAAAAUUGUGAGGUCCGCAUUCACUGUCAAGGACGACAUGAAAAUGAUGGCCCUCGGGAACAUGGACGGAAGUGUGGAGGUGUAUUCGUGUCCGGAAGUUUCCAAGCUUUGGCUCAUCGUGUGUCAGCCUGUUGCCGUCAUGUCGAUUGCCUUCCACCCAUCGCACACGAGAUUCUGCGACAGUAACGGCGAAAAGUUCAAGAAUUUAUUGGCUUUUGGGACUAACAAAAGUAAGGUGUGUGUCGUGGAAUGUCCGGAAGUCGCUCCGCCGACGACGACGACAGAUGUUCGAACUAUUGGGCAGGCGACAUGCAUUUUGAAAGGACACAGUGGUCGCAUUCCUGACAUCUGCUGGAGCCCCAACAAAUCCGGGAAACUUUAUUCCGGCGGCUACGAUGGCGCGAUUCGGUGUUGGUGUCUUUUGAAUGGUUGCUCGGGCGAGAGGAAAUCCGACUUCGUCCUUAAACCCGCCGUGAAACAAGAACGGGUUUUCACUGUUUGUGUCGUCCCAGCUCAGAAGGAAGACGCGACUGAAGAGUACUUUCUUCACGGCGGAGACAUGUGUUGUCUUUUCCAGUCGAGUGAGACGGACAUGGAAGCGGUGAUCGAGCGACAAGUGGAAGUGGUCGAAGCUCAAGAAAAAAUCACCAGGGGAAAUCGCUGUCUCGAUUCGAGAAUCACUGCGAAUGGGGAAGCGUUGAAAUCUUCUUCUGAAGCUGGAGAUGUGAAAGUUGAAGUUCAACAACCCGAAUCCGCGUCUUAUGAUUUUCAUCGGGCACCUGUCGAAGACACCUUCUCUGAGAAGUCGUCAUCUGUUUCACAUCGCUUGGAAGAAUCCGUGAGCAGUGACCAAGUUCCGUCCGCGUCUGCCAGAGCAUGUGACAAGAAUAGACAGAAAUCCCUUUUGUCGUGGACGAGACGAAUGGAUAAUGCUCCGACUGCCAGCGUGUUGAAAGAAGUUAAUUAUUUGUUCAACCGGGUUCGAGGAGUUGAUGAGCAGUGCAAAGAAGAAGAAAGUUAUCCACAGCUCGGUAUUUUCCUCGGCGAGAAGGAAACCGAGAAUCAGCUUUCCUACGAAAAUUCAACAACUGCUGCAGGAAUGACCAGGUUGUCUCAUGCCGUGGAUUGUGGGGUUUACUCGGGCGACUUGAUGCCAGUUUUCAAGAAGGCAAUUGAAGACGGCACAGUGACUGAGCAAAUGCUCGCAUUGGCCCCAAUGCAUUCCUGGGCAAUUUGGAAAGAUUUGACGGAAGCUUACGCGAGGCAAUGUGAGAAGAAUGGAAGGUUCAGGCAAGCUAGUGUUUCGAGAGUAGCCAUUGGAGAUACUGAAGGAGCUAUUCGAGCCCUGUUGGCGAGUGGGAAGUUUCAUGAUGCUUUGGCAUUGGCGAGGCUGAGGAGGAAAGAUGCCACCAUUGAUGUGAUUCUCAAGGAGUGGUUGGAUUUUUCUCGCAACGCCUCUGGAUCUCAGCAAAUGGCUGCGAAAUGUUCGCUCGCCUCGGGGGAUUUCAUGUCUGCUGGACGAGCGUUGGCUGCAAAAGCCGAAAAGGGGUUUUUGGCGUUAGCCGCAAAAAUCAUGGCUGCAAGUUCGAAUCAAGAUGAGUCCUCUGUUCGGGAAGCUGAUCUCACUGCUCUGAAAGCGAUUGGUAUGCUCACUGAAGGAGGUGAAAUCGACGAAGCUCUGGAAUUGGUGAAAUGCUUUCCAAGAUGGUCGUGGAUGCGGCCGGUACUUUUAGUCGAGCAGCUUUUGUUGUCGUGGAAGCCAAGUUUACUGGACGUUUUGGAGUCCCUGUCGUUAGCUUGUGAUUUAUCUUUCGUGCGACGCGAAAGGCAAUCAUCGGAUGCUAUCUUACUUGGACUAAACGAAGUGUUGAAUACGUUCACCGUCAGUGAUUUGGAGUGUUCGUGGCAAAACGCGAAAUCGCACUUCGCGUUGAGCACAACUCGUUUGGUUGGGGCUCGUGGUGUAGCCUUGGCCAUCUUAGCUGGGAAGUCGAAAGCGUCAAAUGGGGAAUUGGUCGACAUGUGUCGGGGUUUGAGUGUUUCGGAUUAUCAUCCAGUUUGUCGGGUUCUCUAUGACGUCAUUUCCGGCUUCGCGAAGCCGUUGUGCGCGAAGUUUCUCUGCCAAUUUACGAAUUCGUUACGAAUAGAAGAUCAAGUCGUGAAAGCGAAUGAAGGCGAAAUUUUGAGGUUUGUUGCCGGUCUGCGACUUGGUUUCAACAUUGAACCCUGUGAUGGAUCGGAUUCGAUUUAUACUUAUUUUCGCGUUUCUCUGAACAAAAUGAACAGUGGAGUGUCGCGUGUUGCCUUCAGCGUGCUCAGUGGCUUUUCUCGUCGAGGUUUCCAGACCAGUACUUGUGCUCGAGAAAUCUUUACAGUACAGGAUUCUGAUGAUUUCGAGAAGAAGGUGAUCCAGAGUCCGAAGCCGGUCAUAGUUGACUUCUAUGCUGAUUGGUGCGGUCCGUGUAAAAUGUUGGCUCCGCGGAUCGAACGUGUUGUUUCGUCGAAAGGUGACAAGAUUCAUUUGGCGAAGGUCAAUAUUGAUGACAAUGCCGAAAUUGCCAUGGAAUAUGGAGUGAGUUCAGCUUUCUUCCGAUUUUUACCGAACUGCAGUGUCAGCGCUGUUCCAUCGGUAUUAAGUGUGAUUGACGGCAUGGUGAAGGAGAAGUUCGUUGGACUGCUGGACGAAGACCGAAUUGAUUCUUUCGUGGACAAGUGCAUCGGAGAUGCUUCCAAGUGA